CGGCUCGUCGCCUUGGUUAUUGUAAUGCGCAUGCGCAGUUGGGUGAAUCUGACCUUCAUUGCCACUGAACAUGUUCGCCAGGGCCAGCGCGGCGGUGUUCUACCCACAAUGUGGGCAGAUCAGGACCAUGGCUACCUUGAAGGACAUCACCCUUCGGUUGAAGUCCGUCAAGAACAUCCAGAAGAUCACCAAGUCCAUGAAGAUGGUGGCCGCCGCCAAGUACGCCAGAGCUGAGAGGGCCUUGAAGCCGGCUCGUGUUUACGGCACUGGAGCCCUCUCGCUGUAUGAGAAGGCUGACAUCAAGGCUCCAGAGGAUAAGAACAAGCACCUGAUAAUUGGAGUGUCCUCUGAUCGUGGGUUGUGCGGUGCGAUCCACUCCAGCGUGGCCAAAACGAUGAAGAAUGAAAUCGCCAAACUCACUAGUGCUGGCAAAGAGGUCAUGGUGGUUAAUAUCGGAGACAAGCUUAGAGGCCUGCUCUAUAGGACCCACGGAAAUCACAUUCUCAUUAACUGUAAGGAAGUGGGCCGCAAACCCCCAACGUUCAACGACGCCUCCCUCAUUGCCACAGAGCUGAUUAACUCCGGCUAUGAGUUCGACCAGGGCAGCAUCAUCUACAACAGAUUCAGGUCUGUGAUUUCCUACAGGACCACCGAGAAGCCCGUGUUUUCCAUUGACACAGUUGCAAGCUCAGAGAACAUGGGCAUCUAUGAUGACAUUGAUGCUGAUGUGCUCAGGAACUACCAGGAAUUUGCCCUGGUCAAUGUAAUUUACUUUGGACUGAAAGAAUCCACCACCAGCGAGCAGAGUGCUAGGAUGACCGCUAUGGACAGCGCGAGCAAGAACGCCUCUGAGAUGAUUGACAAGCUGACCCUGACCUUCAACCGCACUCGCCAGGCUGUGAUCACCAGGGAGCUGAUUGAAAUCAUCUCUGGAGCUGCUGCUCUAUAAAGAAGCAUGCAGGCCAGUGUGCUCAUGGCAGAAAAUAUUUGUUGUUCAGUCAUCUGGAAUAAAAUUGAAAGCCUAUUUGUCCUUGUUUGUAAAAUAUCAGUAAAUAAAACUCUUACAUUGACAUGUCCA